GUUACGAGUUCUGCUAAAUUACCCCAUCGAAAAAUUUGCAACAAUGGCGGUCGCUCCGAGCCCUAACUCCAAAGCUAGCGUAUCUGCUCCGACAAAGGAGAAGAAGCGGAAGAUGCUCGGAAGCAGUGUCGAAGAGGAGAAUGGAACCAAGGUCGAUAAUUCCAGCUCGCAACCGAAGAAAAGGAACAGUAAUCCAGGGGUUCGUGUCAUCGGUGGACGAGUUUAUGACUCUGAGAAUGGAACCACUUGCCAUCAAUGUCGACAGAAGACAUAUGCUGUAUUUGCAAGCUGCAAGAACAAGUCAAAAACCAAGCCAUGUCCCCUCAAGUAUUGCAACACUUGCCUCUUGAACAGGUAUGGAGAAAAAGUUGAAGAUGUGGCUUUGAUGGAUGAAUGGAGCUGUCCAAAGUGUAGAGAUGCUUGCAAUUGCAGCAUCUGUAGGAAAAAACGUGGUCAUGAGCCCACUGGUAUGCUUGCAGUAAUGGCAAAAGCAGGUGGUUUUUCCUCUGUUUCCAACAUGCUUGAUGUGAAGGGUGCUGAGAAUGUUAGUAAUUACAAGAGAGUGAAAGAAACAUGUACUUCACCAAGAAAGAAAGAGACUUUAGGAGAGGGUGUCAUGGUUACUUCACCAAAGACAAAAGGGAAAGAAAAUCUUUUUGAUGGAAAGAUAGAUGCAAAUGCUGAUCCUGCACUCCCAAUCACAUCUGCUGUUAAGGAGAAACCAAAGAAGUCAAACCAAAAGAAACCAAAGCCAGAAGGGUCAAAGGAAGUAGUUUUAGAAAAUGGGAAUAGUGAUGCAAUUAAGCCAAAGAAAAAGAAACAAAAUAAGUUAAGUCCAGAAGGGUCAAUUGAGAUAGUUUUGGAAAUAGGGAAUAGUGAUGCAAUUAAGCCAAAGAAAAUGAACCAAAAAAGGUUGAAGCCUGAAGAAUCAAAGGAGAUGAUUGUGGAAAAUGGAAAUAGUGAUGCUAUUAAACCAAAGAAAAUAACCCAAAAGAAGAUGAAGUUGGAAAAGUCAAAGGAGACAAUUGUAGAAAAUGAGAAUACUGAUGCAGUUAAGUCAAAGGAAAUGACUGUAGAAAAUGGGAAUAAAGAUGCAAUGAAGCCAAAGAAAAUCAAACAAAAGAAACUGAAGGUAGAAGGGUCAAAUGAGAUGAUUGUAGAAAAUGGGAAUAUUGAUGCAAUUAAGCCAAAGAAAAUAACACAAAAGAAGUUAAAGCUAGAAAAGUCAAAUGGAGAAAAUGCAAUUUUGAAGGUUGAUGGUGUUCAAAAAAAGCAAAAGGGUAUCAAAAAAAGCACUGAAGAGAAGAAAAUUGUUAAUGAAAAUGGGGAAGUCUUAGAUGUUACAUGUGAUCAAAACACAGACCAAAGCAAAGUUGACAAAAAUACCCUCAACUUAACUAAACCCUUUGUUGACCCCAUCAUUCCUUUGCCAACAGGAAGUGAAUUGGUCAAUGUAGCUGGAGUUGACCUCCCAAAAGAAGAUGUUGGUAAUGCAUUGCAGUUUCUGGAAUUCUGUUCUACUUUUGGAAAGGUUUUAGAUGUGAAAAAAGGGCAAGCUGAAGCAGUUUUAAGAGAUUUAAUAAAAGUUAGAAGUACAAGGCGUGGGAAAUGUUCAGUAGCAAUCCAGUUUCACAUUCAAUUGCUGUCUGUUAUACAAUCGGAAUCGGAAUCGGAAUCAGAAUCUCCAGUAUCAAAACUAACUCAUGCAAAUGAUUCAUGGUUAAAAGGUUUAAAAAGUUGCAUCCCUAAAUCAUAUCUAUCAGAGAAAAAAAUCGAUUCUUUAGAUAAAAAAUCUGGAGGAUAUGAUACUUUAGACUCAUCAACAAAGCUUAGAGUUUUAACAUUUCUAUGUGAUGAAGUUCUUGGAACUGAAAAAAUAAGAAACUGGAUGGAUGAACAAAAUGGGAAGUUUGUUGAAAAGAGAAAGGAAGCAAGGAGUAAACUUUCUGAUGCAAGAGAAAAGGAGAAAAGUUUGAAGCAAAAAAUGCAAGAUGAUAUUGCAAAAGCUAUUAUUAAAAGAGAAGGUGCUCCUCUUACUUUAAUGGAACAUGAUGAAAUUGUUUCCAAGAUUAAAAAAGAAGCAGCUGAAGCACAUGCAGAGAUGCUUGCAUGUAAACAAUUGGUCCCCAUAGAUAAUGAGAGACCUGAUGCUGUGAGAAUAGAGCCAACAUUCAGGGGCAAUGAUGGUCAUUUUUUCUGGAGAUUAAAAGGGUGUUCUGACAAAUCUGGUAUUCUUCUUCAAGAUAUUGGAGAUGGGGAUCUUUCGGUUGAAACAGUUGAUAAAUGGAUUAAAUAUGAUGAUGAACAGAUGGAUUUGGUUGAGAAACAUAUAAAUUCAUUGAGGUUGAGAAUUGUAAAAGGGUAUAAAAACUAUGCGAUGAAGUUGGUGUAAAAUGUUAAUGUUUUAUUUACAUCUUUUAUUAGGUUUUAGUUUUCUUAAAUAUGUUGUAAUCCUUGAAUGAGACCUUUUGUGGUUGUGUUUUCUACAUGUAUAGGUCGAGUAGUUGCAAAUGUUUUGUAACCUGACUAUAUUUUGGUUCUUCAAACUACAUGAGUUUAAUCUUCUCGUGAUCAUUAAAUUUGUUUAAUCAGGUAGUUUUUUUUAAAUAUUAUACUUUGUAAGAGG